CAUAUCGAAAAAAAAAAAAACCUAGCUAUAUAAUCCUUUUCAAAAUAAUGUGAUUUUGUUUUCAUUAGUGAAAAAAAAAAUGAUUCGAUUCAGUAUAGGUUAUGCUUUAGCACCGAAAAAGCAAGCUAGUUUCAUACAAGUAUCGCUAGUUAACUUAGCGAAAGAAAAAGGAAUCGAUCUAAUUAAGAUCGAUAUGGAUAAGCCUUUAAUCGAACAAGGACCGUUCGAUUGUGUGUUACAUAAGUUGUACGGUCAGGAUUGGAAGAAGCAAUUGGAAGAAUAUGCUUUGAAAUAUCCAAAUGUUUUGAUUAUUGAUUCGCUUGAUGCUAUUGAGCGGUUACAUAAUCGGAUUUCCAUGCUUCAGGUAGCUACUGAGCUGGAAAUUAAGUGUGAGACGGUGUCAUUUGGGAUUCCUAAACAGACUGUUGUUUAUGAUGCGAAAAUUGUAUCGGCGAGUUACCUUGAGAGUGAAGGAUUGAAGUUUCCGGUGAUUGCGAAACCUUUGGUGGCUGAUGGAAGUGCGAAAUCGCAUAAGAUGCUGUUGGUGUUUAACAAAGAUGGUUUGAGUAAAUUGAAACCACCUAUAGUUUUGCAGGAGUUUGUGAAUCAUGGUGCUGUGAUUUUUAAGGUAUAUGUGGUUGGUGAUUAUGUGAAAUGUGUGAAGAGGAAGUCGUUACCUGAUGUGACCGAGGAGAACAAGUUAGAGAGUUAUUUGUCAUUUUCACAGGUUUCGAAUCUGAACACUUGUGAAAAGAAUGAUGAUAAGUACUAUAAGCUGAUGAAUUUGGAUGAUGCUGAAUUGCCACCGUUGAGUUUUUUGACGGAUAUAGCGAGAGGGCUUAGACGAGCUACGAAAUUGUAUUUGUUCAAUUUUGAUUUGAUUAGGGAUAAUAGGGUUGGAAAUAGAUACCUUAUUAUUGACAUUAACUAUUUCCCUGGGUAUGCAAAGAUGCCGAAUUACGAGAGUGUGAUGACAGACUUUUUCUGGGAUGUGUUGAAUAAGAACGAUAAGGGUUUCGAGAGUUUAGAGAAGAGUAGUUGUGAAAAGGAGGUCAGGAUGUUAGUUGGGAAUAAGGGGUAUGGUGAGGAUGAAGGGACACUACCGGUUUCACCUCUUAAGAGGGAAGAAAAGGAUAACACUAUUCAGGUCUAAGGAGGCUUGCGGAUGGACAAGGGUCGAUCAGAAGAUUUGCUCGAGAUAUGAACUGUUUCGCAGGUUACUGUUAAAACUGAAGGGUUAUUUUUAGGUAGGGAGUUAGUACAGCAGUGAAUAAGUAGGUUCCUGAUAUGGCCUUCUGAAGGCACAUUGAUGGUGUUCUUUGUUGAAACAUGUACAUUCUAUCUUUGCAGUCGAGAUAGGUACUUGCAGAUACUCUUUUCUAGGAAAGUUGUUUUCUUAAAGGCAAUUGUACUUCAACAGGAACAAUAUUUCAAUAUGUGCCUUUAACAACUUUAAUCAAUGAAUUUUUCUGUAUUCUUAA